AUGGCCGCUCUCGCGUCAGAUUCGCUGGGAGAGAGCCUGCUGGCGUGGGUGAGGUCGUUCGAGGGCGGCGGCAGGGUGGACCAGCUGGGCAGUUUGAAUGAUGGCACAGUGCUCUGGGCCAUUUUGCAGGAUGUCGACCCGGACUACUUCGCUGGAUCGCUUCCAGAGCCAGAUAUUGAACAGUCGAGCGAAUGGACGCGCAAGUGGCAGAACCUCAAGCAACUCGAAAGGCAGCUGUCAGUCUACUACCGCGACGUAUGCAAUGGGCAAGAUGCCGCCGGCACAAGUAACGGUCCGGAUCUCAAGGCUAUCGCCUCCGAGUCCUCCAUUCCUCACCUCGAACGCCUGAUAAUGGAGAUCAUCAGGGCGGCCAUGGCGUCACCCGCGUCGAAUCAGCGCAUGGGCAAGCGGUUACUGGGGCUGGGCAACGAGCAUGCUAUGGCAAUUGCCUAUGAAAUCAGAAAUAUGCAGGACGCCGAGGCGCCGGAGUCGGAGUCGGCGAGCAGAGAUGGGUCGGCGUAUCAUUCCGAGCAAGAGCUGCCCGAGAGGAGUGUCGCCGCGAAGAAGACAAGGCAGAAUGGAGGGCUGUUUGGGGACCCCAUGUUGGAGAAGGAAGAAGAGUUGUUACAGGCGCAGGCGACAAUCGAGAAGCUGCAGGCCAGUCAUGCAGCAGCACAGCGACAAUUGCAAGACUUGAAGCAGGCCAAAGAGCAGCUCCAAGAGGCAUUUGACACAUAUCGAUCGGAAAUCAAUGCGAGAGGCAGGCCGGCCGUUGCCGAUGACGAUCUGAAGAAACUGCAGCGGCAGGCGGACAAUGACAGAGCAUAUAUCGAUGACCUGGAGGCACAACUGCAGACGUCGAGAAACGCCGUGGACGACUACGAGAGGCAGAUACAGCGGUUCAAGGACGAGCAUGAAGCUGGGCAGAAGCUCCGUGAUGAUCUGCAGGUACUACGUGCGGAAAAUGAGGAUCUUAACCAGAAAGUCAAAGCGAACGAGAAUUUAAAGAAGAAAAUACACGCUCUGCAAGAACAAGACAAAGCGAACUCGUCGCUCCGAGAAGAACUCAAGCUGGCGAACGAACGGCUCGAGGAGUUGGAGCGAUUGAAGCAAGUGCAAGCGGGCCUAGAGAAAGAGAUUAUCGAGAAGAAAGGUCUCAUCCGCAAUCAGGAGUAUCAGAUUAACGAGCUUACCACAACGAGAAAGCACGCCGAGUACGAUGCUCGAGUCCUUGCUCAGAAGCUCGAGGCUGCGCGUGAGCGGCAAGAACGUGACCAUGAAGCAAUUGAAGAGCUUCGCAAUAAGCUCCAGGAA